GUAAAAUAAGUGCAGAAUAUUUAUAAAAUAUUCAGUAUAUAUUGUGAAAAUUCAAUAUAAAAGUAGCAUUUUUUUCAACUUUAAGUGCGAAUAUCUCGAAAACUAUAAGCUAUAUGUAUAUAUAUUCUUAAUCUGGAGAACCUCCUCUUUCCAACGAUACCCAUUUUAUUACCGAAAGCCUGGGAUAGUAUACUAAAGCCGACCCAGCAAUUUAAUUGCUAAUUCUUAUCUUUAGUAAUCACACAAUAUUAAAUAUACUCUAGUUAUUAAAAAAAUGUUGAUAUAAGAUUUCAUACAGUCAUAUUCUCGAUUUUACCUCAUACCAACAAAAAGGUUACGGUGACAAAACACACAUUUCUGCGUGUGUGCUUUCAAUGUAUUUUUAUGAUAAUUACACGAAUCUUGUAUUUGAUAUUAGCACAGAAUCAUAUAAAUUUACUUGCAAAUUAUGAAGUCAAUAAGCCGCCAAGAUCGACAUGAUUAUAUUUUGAAGAAAUAUAUUCUUUCUGAUAAAUCUUCUGAAGCCAGAAAGCAUUAUCAUGAUAUUGAUAUUAUAAAAGAACAUCAUCGAUUUUUAUGGGAUGACAACGAAAUUCCUGAUGAUGAAAACUCAUGGGAAGUUCGAUUAGCUAGACGCUACUAUAACAAAUUAUUUAAGGAAUAUUGCAUAGCAGACUUAACAAGACACAAAGAAAAUAAAGUUGCUUUGCGUUGGCGAACUAAGGAUGAAGUAGUUACAGGAAAAGGACAGUUUCAAUGUGGAAGCAGAAAAUGUGAAGAAAAAGACAAUUUGCGAAGUUGGGAAGUAAAUUUUGCUUAUCAGGAGCAAGGAGAGCAUAAAAAUGCGUUGGUCAAAUUGCGACUAUGUCCCACUCACUCAGAGCAAUUGAAUUACACUUCACGAAAACGUGAAGUUAAGCGCCUAAAAAAAUGUAAUGAAGGACAGAGUCAAAAGACGCGUAAAAUCCAUGAGAAAAUGGCAGGCAAAAUUCAAUUGACCAAUUCCAUUACAAAUAAUGUAUCUGUUGAAGCACCAGUUGAAAAAUGUGAAAAGGAUGAUAAUGUUUGGUGCCGCAAAUCAGAUGUAGAGUUGGAGCAAACAUCUCGUGAAACUGACUUUGAACGCUAUUUAGAAGACCUUCUCUUAUAAUUUAUGACAGUUAUAUUCACUUAACAUUGUAAACUGUACACAUCAACAUAAUAAUAAGUUCAGAAAAAUUAAAUACAUUAAUUUAUGUAUUAUAUACAUAGCAUCAAAUCGAGUACCCACUAAUUGGGAGAAAUUUGGCCAACAAUCCAGCACAGUAGGAAAAAUGACAACAAUGUACGUUUGACCCUGUCUCGGUACAUACUUUGAUCAUACUACGAAGGAACCCAGAGGUUUCAGCAACUUUUUAAAUAAGUUCUCAAAUGGCUUUAACUCGUUAGAAAAUACAAAUAACUUUCAUUAAACGUUUUAUUAUAUUAUUAAAAACAGCACAGGAAAUGUUGACAAUUAUAAUGAAAAUGUAAAUACAACAUUCUUAAAAAUUUUAAUUAGCAAAAGCUUUUAAAGCUUUUUUUUAAGAAAAUAUCGUUGACUUAGUGUGCAAACUUUUUCAGGAGGUAUCAAAAUUUUUAAAUUAAUAACUAGUGUCUAUUUAUUUCAAAAAUUCCAUUGUUAUUUAUUUGUUAAGGUUGUUUUAAUAUUAUAAAAUAAAUUCAAUUGAGCUUACUACAUGUUUAUGGUACAUCUGUUUUUACUUAUCACUGUAUAAUAAGUUGUAAGAACAACAUGACAAUUUUUUUUGUAAGUAUUUAGAAUAGUGCUCUAACUGUUCUAAAUCCUUAAAUUCCAUAAAAACGGGUUUGAGAACGUUUGCACACUAAGAUAACUUUAUAAUGCUUAAAUAGGGUUAUACCAAGGCAUUUAAUGUGGUCAAUAAAUUGUUUAAGUACAUAUAUCUUAAUAAAAUUUUAACUACGUUAACAUUUAA